UAUUAAUGAACACAUAUACAUGGUAACAAGUUGCUUAGAAUCUAAAAAAUGGAUGGCUUGUUAUAGAUGGUAUAGUGUAUGAUCCAACCCCAUAUCUUAAUGAACAUCCAGGUGGUCCUGCAGUCUUGCAAAAUCGCUUUGGUAAAGAUGCCACCAGAGAUUUUAAUGAAACAGGUCAAGAAUUCGAUUUAAAUAUAGGACAUACAUCAGGAGCUCGCCAAAUACUUUAAAAAUACUAGGUUGGAAUAAUUGAUAAAACAUCACCCUAAGAACCUUGGCAAGCUGGAGGUGGUACACCUGCAAGUGCUUAGUAGUUUGCAUAUUUAAUUGUUGCUCUUGUUAUAGUAUUUAUAUUGUGGAAUAUUUUUGCAAAAUGAUAUUAUAAUAAAAAACA